AGGUGUGUGUGUGUGUGUGUGUGUGUGUGUGUGUGUGUGUUUGUCAGUGUGGAAUGCAGCAGCAGCUGAAAUAGGCUCAGUGACAUGCAGCUCAAACCUGAAAUGAUGGCGUUCAGAUUCACAUUGAAUAUCAUAUUCAUCUCAGUGGCGGUCAGUCUGGUUCUUGCAGCUGACACACUGACAGACCCUCAAACAUUUCUGUACUUUGCGUAUGGCAGCAACCUGCUGAAGGAGAGACUGCAACUGAACAAUCCUUCAGCCACACGGCACUGUGUAGCCAAGCUUCAGGAUUACAAGCUGGUGUUUGGGAACCAUAAGGGUGUGGAGAGCAAGCGCUGGCAUGGAGGCGUGGCUUCAAUUGAGCCAAGUGGCAGAGGCACUGUGUGGGGUGUGGUGUGGAGAAUUAACACCGCCCAUAUGACCCACCUGGACAGACAGGAGGGUGUGAGAUCAGGUGUGUAUUCUCCUGUGUCAGUCAAUGUGUUGAGUCAUGGUCACAUACUCACCUGUCGUACCUACAUCAUGAACAGCCGUGUUCAGGCGCUGCCGUCUCCACACUACCUGAAGGUGAUAAUGAUGGGAGCUGAGCAGAACCGCUUACCCAAAGCUUAUCAAGACAAACUGAAGUCCAUCAAAACCAACAAAUAUGAUGGGUCACUUCCUGUAAUGGAUGAGGUGUGUGCUGCACUCAAAAACUCCAAAAAAAAAAAAAGAGUCAGCCUGUGUGAGAUAAAACCUGUAUAAUGUAGUUUAAUUAGUUUAAGGAGUAACUAGUAAAAGAUGUCUUUAUAUUGUUUGGACUGAAUGAUUACUUCACAUCUGUACCUGGAAAGAAAAAUAAAAUUAGCAAAAUGUGA